AGGUAAUUCCGCUGUUGUCCAUGUUGCAUCACUCCCUGGAGGAAGAAGAGAUUCGACAGCUUCAAACUCCAGAGAGCACAUCCAUGGUUGAGUUUCUGCAAAGACAACUAAGAGAGAAGCUGAACCAACUCCAGUCUAUGAGCAUUAUGUUUCUGGCUACUCUGCUUGACCCAAGGUUUAAAAAAGUAGGCUUCUUCAGUCCCAGUAAAGCAGCAGAGGCAGAAAAAAGGCUCACGAUGGAAUGCGCAGCUAUCAUGAGCCGCACAGCCUCAUCUACUUCAUCAUCAUUAUCAUCACCGUCGUCGUCAUCAUCAGAACCUUCCCAGUCUGUUGGAGGAAGCAAACUGUGGCAUCAUUUUGAUGCCUCAGUCCAUCAAGCAAGAACCACAAAUGUCACGGCAAAUGCAACAGUUGAGGUGCAAAAGUAUCUGGGAGCACCAAACAUCCCCAGAGUUGAAAGUCCCCUUCAGUACUGGGAAUCACAGAAAUAUACACUUCCAACUUUAUACAAACUUGCUGUAUCCUAUCUAUGCACCCCUGCUUCAUCAGUGCCAUGUGAAAGAGUUUUUUCAAAAGCAGGUGAAAUUCUCUGCAAAAAAAGAAACCGCCUGAGUCCAAAAACUUUGGAAAAAAUAUUGUUUCUAAAUAAAAAUGAGUAAGCACAUUUUGCCUCAUUUCAUUUUCACUUGUUUCUUUUGCACAUAGACAAAGUAACACACAAUAAUUCAUGUUAAACUUAAAAUAUGUAUUUUCUUUGUAAUCAGAGCAUGAUUCAUGCACCAAGCAU